ACAGCUAAAAAGCCUUCUCAUCGUCUUCCUCAAGCCUCCUCUUCUAUAAUCUCGCCAUGAAAGCUCCGAGAAACUGAAAACAAAAUGGUUUCCGUGGAGGAUUCGUUAUCACAUUCAAACUCAACCCGCCUCCAAUUAACAACGAACUUCUACGGCUCACCUUCCUCGUCGACGGAGAGGAUACACCGUCAAACUGGCCGGUCGAUGAGAACGGUUAGAUCUAACUUCUACCAAAGCGGAGACCAGUCCUGCUCAUUCGUCGGCGACGAGUACCUUUCCGAUUCCGUCGUCGACAUGAGGCUCGGCGAGCUAGCUUCGAAAAAAACCAACUUAUCGGCCCAUUCAAAAGCUUCCUCAGUGAUAGAUGAAGUCUUCCUCGACAUCUCUCAAGCGUUUAGCGAUUUCUCCGCGUGUAGCAGCGAUAUCUCCGGUGAGCUUCAUCGUCUCGCUUGCUUGCCAUCGCCGGAUGUUAACGAGAACGUGAGAGUGCAAGAUCCAGAGCCGUGUCUAGGGUUUCUGGAGAGGGAAAGCUUCUCCACGGAGAUCAUCGAGUGUAUCUCGCCGGAAGAUCUGCAGCCGACGGUGAAGCUCUGCGUCGACGGACUUCGAUCAUCUUCCGUUGCUAUUAAACGAUCCGCGGCCGCGAAGCUGAGGCUACUGGCGAAGAAUCGUGCGGAUAACCGUUUGUUGAUUGGGGAGUCUGGAGCUAUCCAAGCUCUGAUUCCGCUUCUUCGUUGCAACGAUCCGUUGACGCAGGAGCAUGGCGUUACAGCUCUGUUGAACCUCUCUCUUCACGAUCAGAACAAAUCUGUUAUCGUUGCGGGAGGAGCUAUCAAGCCGUUGGUGUGGGUGCUUAAGACGGGGACGGAGACUUCAAAGCAGAACGCCGCGUGCGCAUUGCUCAGCUUGGCCCUCGUGGAGGAGAACAAGAACUCGAUCGGAGUGUGCGGUUCGAUUCCGCCGCUUGUUUCUCUUAUAUUGAAUGGAUCUUGCAGGGGGAAGAAGGACGCGCUCACGACGCUUUACAAGCUUUGCACGCUUCAGCAGAAUAAAGAGAGAGCGGUUGCAGCUGGAGCGGUGAAGCCGUUGGUGGAGCUUGUGGGGGAGGAAGGGACGGGAAUGGCGGAGAAGGCGAUGGUGGUUCUGAGCAGCUUGGCGGGGAUUGAGGAAGGUAAAGAAGCUAUUGUUGAGGAAGGAGGGAUCGCGGCGCUCGUGGAGGCUAUUGAGGAUGGAUCGGUGAAAGGGAAAGAGUUUGCGGUGUUGACGUUGUUGCAGCUUUGUGGUGAUAGUGUCAGGAACCGUGGGUUGCUUGUGAGGGAAGGUGCGAUUCCUCCGCUUGUGGGUCUCUCCCAGAGCGGCAGCGUUAGCGUUAGAGCUAAACGCAAGGCAGAAAGACUUCUGGGUUAUCUUAGGGAGUCAAGGAAGGAGGGAAGUUCAUCAAGCCCUUGAACUGCAUUUGCAUGGUUCCUUUGAAUGCAACCAUGUAAACAGAGGUUUUCAUCAGUCUAGUAGUAUGUAUAUACUUGAGUGUAUUUAUUGUGGUUUUGUAUAGCAUUUUGUUUCGACUGUAAAAAGAGAGGAUCAAAGGAGUCCAAGAAAACGUGACUGACUUUGAUCUUUCUUUGUAUUCAUGAUGUUAAGCUAGUUCUUAAGGGUUUUAAAGGAGUGUUAUUUGGAUUACUAGUCUAGCACUUGGGUGUGAGGGGUGGAAUACGCUGGUUUUCAAGGCAAAUAGCUUGUAGCGUCGGCAAAUGCUUGUUCAAUGAAGAGCAAUGCAAUUUUAAUACAUAUUUCUUGGUCAA